AGAAAUAAUGAAUAUUUCCAAUUUGUAAAUCUGGGAGCUGACUUUUUCCCGUCGGAGAAGUUUAAUCCCGCCGGCGAACGACGGAAUCGAUCCUCCAGAAACCUCCGAUCUCGUUUUACAUAACGAUUCGCGCUGAUUCCGUUGCUAAUUGCUUAUGAUGAAACCACGAUCCUGUUCUUCAGAUCUAUAGCUCAAUCGAAAAACCGUCAGGGGUUUAACAUCAUCUAUAGCUGAUAAUGGCGACGAGGAAUCGCACGCUCUUGUUCCGCAAGUACAGAAACUCUCUGAGGAGCGUCCGUGCUCCGAUGACGGAAGCGAAAUCCGGCGUAGGUCCGGUGAUCGAGAUGGCGAGCGCGACUCUGUUGCAUCCGAAGCGAUCCUACGCUCCAGUGAGUACCGAAGAUCCAGGGAGUUCGAGUAGAGGAGGAGCAAUAACAGUGGGGUUACCACCAGACUGGGUUGAUGUCUCCGAGGAGAUUUCAGGGAACAUUCAGCGUGCUAGGUCUAAAAUGGCUGAACUAGGGAAGGCUCAUGCGAAAGCCUUGAUGCCUACGUUUGGUGAUGGUAAAGAAGACCAGCAUCAGAUCGAGUCUUUGACGCAGGAGAUUACUUUCCUGUUGAGGAAAUCAGAGAAGCAGCUUCAGAAGCUAUCUGCAGCUGGACCUUCUGAAGAUUCAAACGUCAGGAAAAACGUUCAGCGAUCUCUUGCUACUGAUCUCCAAUUCCUUUCUAUGGAGCUCCGCAAGAAACAGUCUACUUAUCUGAAACGCUUGAGACUACAAAAAGAGGAUGGAGGGGACUUAGAGAUGAAUCUCAACGGAAGCAGCUCUAGAGCAGAAGAUGAUGACUUCGAUGAUAUAUUAUUUAGUGAGCAUCAGAUGAGUAAGAUCAAAAAGAGCGAGGCAAUAUCGGUAGAGAGGGAGAAAGAGAUUCAGCAGGUUGUUGAAUCUGUAAACGAGCUCGCUCAGAUAAUGAAGGAUCUUUCUGCACUUGUAAUAGAUCAGGGCACUAUAGUUGAUCGGAUUGACUAUAACAUCCAGAACGUUGCUAGUACAGUUGAAGAUGGUCUCAAACAGCUGCAAAAGGCGGAACGUACACAGAGGAGUGGUGGUAUGGUUAUGUGUGCGUCUGUUCUUGUUAUCCUCUGCUUCAUCAUGAUAGUUCUCUUAAUCCUCAAGGAGAUUUUCUUGUGACCCAAGAAAGAGAUUGACCCCUCUCAUUAUUUUAUUCUUUCAUAAUGGGGACCCCACAAUGUUUGCGUUGCUCACUGUUCUGCUGUAUCGACCAAAAUUGUCUGAAGAUAAAUUCGAAUUGCGUUCUGUCUUGUAUUUGGAUUUUGAAGAGUUUGUUUAUAAACGUUUAUUUACAUGUUAAGAAGAUA